GUGAUCAUCAUGAACCACCCUGGCCAGAUUGGGAACGGGUAUGCCCCGGUUCUCGACUGCCACACUUCUCACAUAGCAGUCAAGUUUGCCGAGUUGGUUACCAAGGUUGACAGACGAUCUGGAAAGGAGCUUGAGAAGGAACCCAAGUUCCUCAAGAAUGGAGAUGCUGGUUUCGUCAAGAUGGUUCCGACCAAGCCCAUGGUCGUUGAGACCUUCUCUGAGUACCCACCGCUGGGUCGUUUUGCUGUGAGGGACAUGAGGCAAACAGUUGCAGUUGGUGUGAUUAAGAGUGUCGAGAAGAAGGAUCCAACUGGCGCCAAGGUGACCAAGGCCGCCCAGAAGAAGAAGUGAUCAUUGAGUAUCUUUUCAUUCAACUUUUAUAAACUUUGUAAGACUAUACAUCUUAGUUUUGUGUGUUGAGUGUGACUUUUGUGCCAACUGUUUGAAUUCGUGUGAGAAAUUGAACUCUUUUUAAGUAUCCAAAAUGACUUGAACAUUUUGAUUUUGCCAUUUAAAGGCAAUUAAGUAUCCAUGCAGAUUUUGAAACUGGCACCUAUGACUUGAUAUAAUUAUCAUUAAACAUUGGAUUUAGGA